AUGCACAUUUUAGACUAUGAAACAAUAAAUUUUAAAAUGAGCGAAAAACCUCCAUCAGCAAAGAAAAAGACUACCAAGAAAACAAAAGAAAAAAAAUCAAGAAGCUCAAGCCCGACGUCAGAAAAAUCGAAAAGUUCUCCAAGGACUUCAAAUAUCCCUACAAGCCCUGUGAAUUCCCCAAAACGAGCAGAAACAAUUCCAGAAGAACCAGUUAUUCUUAAUAUUUGCAAAACCCAUAGCAAAGAAUUUAAAUUUUUUUCGGAAACUAAAGAAGAACUUGCAUGCGAAGAUUGUGGGAAAAUUCCUGGUCAAUCAAUAAUUCCUAUUGAUCAAGCUCAUAGAUUUCGUAUAGCAACCGCCUACGAUUUAUUAAAUUCCCAUUUAUUCCAAAAACGCGAACUACUUAAAGCCCAAGCAAUGAAAAUCCAAAUGAGAAUGGACGAAAUAAAGCGCUUCAAAAAUUACAUUGAGCAAGACAUGAAACGAGAAUUUGUUGCUAUGAACGAAAGGCUAAAUUCCUCUUAUGGGUCAAAAAUGGCUGUAUUAGACCACGAUUUAGGCGAAGUCCAGAGCGAUUUAGAUAGAAUCAACACUAUUGUCGGAAUGGUAGAAAAUUCUAAUCAAAAUAUUAUAGGAUUUUUGCAAAAAGCACCUGAACUUAGGUAUGCUCUAGAUAUUUCAGUUUCUAAGCCAUUUAGAACAGAAGUUGAUGUAUACGCAGAAAACCUUCCUCAGGAGUUACCAAGGAUCAGAGAAAUUACAAUAAAACAUGAUGCAUUAUUAUCGUUAUUGAAAAUAAAAGAUGAAAUGAUAUGGAAUCUCACGCAUGAAAAAAAUUCAAAAUUGGAAAAAUCAAUAGAGGAAGAGUUAGCCGAAUGAGUAAAAUUAACCGAUAAAUUUUCAUCAGAAUUGGAUAAAUUCAAAUUAGCAUGUGAAUUUUGUGGAAAUCCUUUAAAUGAAAAUACUAUUAAUUCAAACUGUGAAAAAAGUCAAAGACAUCAUUUCGUGAAGAUAAAAGAUAUAGAAAUUCCUGAAGAGCCUGUCCAAGACACGUUAAGAAAUAUAGAUGAACUAGGAACCAUAAGACAAAUAAAUCAAGCUUGCAGAGAUAGAGGAUUGUUUUUGGAAAAUAUUUUUAGAACCUAUGACUCAGCCAGCUCAGGGCUAGUUUCUCAAACUGAAUUUUAUCAAAUUUUAUCAAACCAGUUCGGACUUUCAGGUGCCCAAAUUAAUUAUUUUGCUAAAAAAUAUGACCCUAACACCUCAGGAAAAGUAAAAUAUCAGUUACUGUUAAGGGAUUUAUUAUAUGAUGGUUCUCCACUUCAUUCUAAGCUUCAUAGUCAUGCUUUACAACUUUUUGAAGCUUUUAAAAAGCAAGAUAUCUAUUCGGAAGGUUCAGUUAAGCAAGAAACAUUUAAAGAUAUUUUAAGAUCGCAAGGAUUUGAUGGAGAGGAAAUAAAGCAGGCUUUAUCAUUCGCAGAUAUCAAUUCUAAAGGGCAAGUUCAAUACCAAAAUCUCUAUAAUCGCUUUAAAUAA